CAUGAGCGCUGUCACUUUCACACUGAACGAGGCAGGCUCAGGAGCUUCCGUCGUCUCGUUCAUUUACCCCCAUUUUCGUUUCCCUUUUUCACCUCGUCGAUAACCCAUCAUCCUUUAAUUUCAUCUUUCUCCAUUGUACCGUAACUUUCAAAGUCCCUUUUCGCCAUGUACCGGUAUUUUGGGGAGCUGCUGACUCGCGGAGCGGGAAACGCUCUGGCCUCGGGAUGCGUCGAGUCCGCUCUGCCGGCUUCCUCGUCUUUGCUGAGGGUGCGUCACUACAGCGAUGCCGCUGACAAGGAAGAUGACCCGAACUUCUUCAGGAUGGUGGAGGGCUUCUUCGAUCGCGGCGCUGCUAUCGUCGAAAACAAACUGGUGGAGGACCUGAAGACCCGGGAGACGCCGGAGCAGAAGAGACACCGUGUGCGGGGGAUCCUCAAGAUCAUCAAGCCCUGCAACCACGUCUUGAGCGUGUCCUUCCCCAUCAAGAGAGACAACGGAGAAUGGGAGGUUAUCGAGGGUUACCGGGCACAACACAGCCAGCACAGAACUCCCUGCAAGGGAGGUAUCCGAUACAGCAUGGAUGUGUCCGUGGAUGAGGUUAAAGCUUUGGCCUCUUUGAUGACAUACAAGUGUGCUGUUGUUGAUGUGCCAUUUGGCGGAGCAAAAGCUGGAGUGAAAAUCAACCCCAGGAAUUACUCUGAUAAUGAGUUGGAGAAAAUCACAAGAAGAUUCACUAUUGAGCUGGCCAAAAAGGGAUUCAUUGGACCUGGCAUUGACGUACCCGCCCCUGACAUGAGCACCGGUGAGAGGGAGAUGUCCUGGAUCGCUGACACCUAUGCUAACACUAUUGCCCACACUGAUAUCAAUGCCCACGCCUGUGUGACGGGUAAACCUAUUAGCCAGGGUGGCAUCCAUGGCAGAAUCUCAGCCACUGGUCGUGGAGUCUUCCAUGGCAUUGAGAACUUCAUCAAUGAAGCCUCUUACAUGAGCAAACUGGGCCUGACCCCUGGAUUUGCUGACAAAACCUUCAUCAUUCAGGGUUUCGGUAAUGUGGGUCUGCAUUCCAUGCGUUACCUUCACCGUUAUGGUGCCAAAUGUGUGGGAAUUGCUGAGAUCGACGGCAGCAUCUGGAACCCCAACGGCAUGGACCCCAAAGAGCUGGAGGAAUACAAACUGCAACAUGGUACCAUUGUGGGCUUCCCCAACUCUCAGCCGUAUGAGGGAAACAUUCUGGAAGCUCAGUGUGAUAUCCUCAUCCCAGCAGCUGGAGAGAAACAGCUGACCAGGAAGAACGCUCACAAUAUCAAAGCUAAGAUUAUUGCUGAGGGUGCUAAUGGUCCUACUACACCAGAUGCUGACAAGAUUUUCGUAGAGAGGAACAUCAUGGUCAUUCCAGACAUGUACCUGAACGCUGGAGGUGUCACGGUCUCCUACUUUGAGUGGCUGAAAAACCUGAACCAUGUCAGCUAUGGUCGCCUGACCUUCAAGUACGAGAGGGACUCCAACUACCACCUGCUGAUGUCUGUGCAAGAGAGUCUUGAAAGGAAGUUUGGAAAGCAGGGCGGCCCCAUCCCAAUUGUCCCUACUGCUGAUUUCCAGGCCCGCGUAGCUGGAGCCUCUGAGAAGGACAUUGUGCACUCUGGUCUUGCCUACACCAUGGAGAGGUCGGCCAGGCAAAUUAUGCGCACGGCAAAUAAGUACAACCUGGGCUUGGAUUUGAGGACGGCAGCUUACGUCAAUGCCAUCGAGAAGGUCUUCAAGGUGUACAAUGAGGCUGGCCUGACCUUUACAUAAAUGACACACAAUUCCCUUUGCAAAAAGAAGACAAACAUCCAUAAACCUCUCGAUUUCCCCCUCCACAACCCUUUUAACAUAUGAGAAUUUACUUCAGCCUAACCCCCAUCUCCUCUAUUAUAACACCAUCACACUGUCAUAUCUCAAAAUCUCCGUCUUCAUGAGUUUGAGAGCUAUAAAGUGGUUUAUUCUGUUCUGAGGCUGCAAGUUUCACUGCUUUGCUGUAUAUGAUGUGGUCUCAAAACAAACUGGCACCAAUAAUCAGGUUUCUCAAGUGUUUCUUGUUGUAACUUGUUUAUUUUGUCCCUGUUUUUUUGUAUUGAUCUGUGGUAAACUAACGUGAUCCUCUUCAAAUGCAGCUGAUUUUAAAUGUCUGUUGAUUUGUCAUAUUGGCCCUGGCUUCCUCUCUAAAAUAUCAAUUCAACAUGGUGUGUUUUUGUUCUCUGUCAUGUUGUACGUGGUUAUUGCUCCAGUAGAAGAAGAGUGUUAAAGAUGCCUUACACCUGUGAGCGAGAGUUUUAUACUCAGAGAAAUUAUUUUCUUUGUCACUAUAAUUCAUGCAAUGAAUUUACAUGUAAUAUCACACAAAGGGAUACCCAGCCGUUUUGGCCUAGAGAUGUAAUGGAGUUCUACGCUAGCUAACAAUGUUUUUUGUAUCCGAGGCAGUUCAUUCCCCAUAACUUUUAGAGAUCAGAUAGUUGUUAGCAUGCGGCUAAUGUUAAACCUAGAGGGCCUGGGGCACUUGCGCUUAAAGGAGAGCAGGAAGUUGCUCACCAAGCUUAUCUGCACCCAUAUCUGGAACUAUGUUUUGGAAAUUUAUAUUGCUUUUUUUUUGUUGAGAAUAAAACAAACUAUCAUAUA